AAAAAAAUUGAAUUUGGAGUUGAGUUGACUGUUUCGUUCGAUGCGGAUAACGAAUUCUAAGUUUGAUAAUAUCAUAUUUCAUUUGCUCGCUAAAAGCAAAAAAUGGCUUUGUCUAAGAGUCUUAAAAAAUAUUCAAAAAAUACAAACAUAAAUGUUUACGUUUGUACGUUUCAAACUCCAGUCGGUAAUGUAGUCGCAUGUGCGGACGAUGAUUUUCUGUACAUGGUGUCAUUCGAAGAUUCAAAAUCCUUGGAAAAGAAUUUACAGACCAUCUCCGACCAGACUAAUUGUGAAUUCGUAAAGAAAAAAAACAGUUUUCUGGAGAAAUUCGACGACGAACUUUCAAGAUAUUUCGAUGGGAAACUUAAAAUGUUUACUCUGCCAUUGAAAACAUUUGGUUCUGAUUUUCAAAAGGAAGUUUGGAAGAAAAUGAUCGAGCUUCCUUAUGGUUCGACACAAACGUAUGGGGAUCUGGCGAAAUCCAUGGGUCGAACGGCCAGUCACUCGCGGGCGAUCGGUGCAGCGUGCGGAGCUAAUGGUCAUGUAUUUGUGAUACCCUGCCAUAGAAUUGUAGCCUCAAACUCCAAUGGAGGAUUCAGUUCUGGUGUGGACAGAAAGGAAUGGCUUUUAAUUCACGAGAAGAAACAUGAUACUUAGAAGCAGGGAUGCCAUUAGAUAUAAUUACUUGAUUUCAUUGCCUUUGCUAUAUAUAGUUCAUUUCAAUCCAUUCUACAUGACAGGGUAUCACACAAUGACCAUAGACAUGGAUGAUAGACAUAGUGAUGGAUGAUGAAUUGUACUGCCAAUUAUACAUCAAUUUAACCUUUGUCAGGGACCGCCAUUGUUUGCAUUUCCACUUGUCUGGUAACUUCCUGCUUCGGGAUACUACAACAAAACCUUGUCUCUGGCAUGCUUCUGGUCCGGGAUAACAUGUGCACUAUGUAUGUACAUGUGCAUUCUAUUUGAACAUGAAUUUCGGCAGGUAAAAUUGAUUUCUCUCUGCUUUAACUCAUACUAAAUGAGAUAAGUAAAGUAGUAAAAAUAAUCACUCCUUAUGAGCCAUCACACAAGACCAAUGCGGGAUGUAAAGCUUCUACUAUCAAAAAAUUGUGAGCUGCUGUUUUUUUAUCUAUGUUACAGAAGAAUAUAAAUAUAUGCACAUAUAUAUUUAUAAUGUAAAUAAAACACAAAUUUGACUGGAUAAUACGGUAUAUGGAUAUGUAUGAAUAAUUCUUUAACCCAAGUAUGACUUACAAUGUAACAUUACUUUUACACUACAAUUGUGUUUUCUGCAAUGCAAUUUGUUAGCUUAACACAAUAUGGUGAUUUGAAAAAUAUAGUAUGUAUAGGUUUCAUAUAAA